UUUGCUGGACGCAUUGAGCCCCUAUAGCUGGUGCAGGAAAGCAGCACCUUAUGUGCAAUGAAUCGUUUUUUUCUAAACAUUGCAAGCUUUUAACGCGUUGUGUAUAUAUAUUUUUUGCUUUUGCAUUUUUUUCCUUUUGCAUUUUUUUGCAAUGUCGACGUUGGGAACGAGUUAUUACAUUGAGCCUCCUGUUCUUCCCGAGCAGCAGCAGGAAGAUAAUAUGGCACCGAGGUACUCGUCAGCUGCAGGGGUGGAGCAGACGAUGCUCAGCGAAUAUGGCGGACAGGAAUCGUGUCCUUUGCAGGCCAAAUCUUCUAUUUUUGGUGGAUCUUGGAGUCCCAUCUCGGCCCAUCCUCCGCACACAGCCGCUCCGACCUAUAUCCAUCACCAUUACACGACUGGAGACACCGAUGGCAUGUUUACGCGCUCCUGGGCGUUGGAUCCGGUCUCUGCGUCUCUGUGUUUGACGGGAUUACCAUCGACAGCCAUGCAUUAUGAGAUCAAACCAGAGCCUCUCAUUGGGAGUGCUGAAUGCACAACUUUGGAGACGCACACACCUCUUUUGUCUGACAUUGAACAAGGAGCGUCCCUUGCGGAGAUUCCCUGCGAAACCACAUCCGCGUCUAAUACAGCUACUGAGGAGAGUCCGUCUGCAGCAGAGGACAAGAGCGAGAUAGAUGCAAGUGACCCAUCGUCCAAUUGGCUUCAUGCAAAGCCCACCAGAAAAAAGCGCUGUCCAUACACAAAGUAUCAAAUCCUGGAACUGGAAAAGGAGUUUCUGUUUAACAUGUACCUCCCCAGGGAUCGUAGGUACGAAGUAGCCAGAGUCCUGAGUUUGACCGAGAGACAGGUGAAAAUCUGGUUUCAGAACCGCAGGAUGAAGAUGAAGAAAGAAAACAAAGACAGGAGGAGAGACAAUUAACUGGUUCUGGACUGAUGGUGGAUUAGAGUUGGGAGGAGGAGGAUGAGAAGGAGGAGGGUCUGUCUUUAAUAUUCCUGACCUGUUACACAUGUUGUUGUAAAAGUUUGUGUUGUUAAAAACAAAUGCUGGAUGUUUUUUUUUUCCUCCUUAUGAUAUCCAGUGUUUCAUGUUUGUGAGAGGACAGUUGUCUCUAGUUGUAUUGUAUUUGGCGCAAAGAAAUAGUUAACUAACUAGGCCAUUUGUUAUUUGCAUGAAAUGAUCCUUGACUACCUGAAUGUCUUUCAGCUACCUAUUUGCAUUGUUUAACUUAUUGUUUUUUUUGUCGUUCUAGAUGUUUUUUAACUAGGUUAGGUUUUUGAUCCAUUUGUGCACACCUCAAAUACCUCAUCGUUCCUGGUUUCAUCCAAAAUAAAGAGUAGUUUGUA